UUCAACUGUGGACUUCCUUCACCUUUCUGAGGCCAGGCCAUCUGGAACAUGCCCCAUCUUGUCUACGGUGAGAAGGUUUGAGGCUGGAAUGGCACCUCUGGGUGAGGACACCCCCCUGAUUGAGCAGCGGUCCUAUAGCCUGUCCUCCAGUGAGGCUGGCUCUCUGCAGGUGUUGCUGUGCCCUCGAAGCCCAGGGUCCCCACAGGUCCUCACCUUCUUCUUUGGGGAAUACUCCGCUGAAGAGCUUUGUGUGCAGGCUGCCAAGGCCUGUGGGAUCCUGCCUGUAUGCCAUGCUCUCUUUGCCCUGGCCACUGAAGACCUGUCCUGCUGGUUCCCACCUAACCACAUCUUCACAGUGGAAGAUGCUACCAGCCAGAUCCUCCUCUACAGGAUCCGCUUCUUCUUUCCAAACUGGCUCGGCCUGGAGAAGUAUUAUCGCUUCGGACUGCAGAAGGACAGAGCCAAUGCCAUCCUGGACUUUCCUGUCCUUGAAUAUCUCUUUGCUCAGUCGCGAAAUGACUUCAUCAGCGGGAGGAUGAAUCUGACGCUGAAUCUUAAGGAGCAGGGAGAGUGCCUGAGCCUGGCGGUGCUAGAUCUGACUCGGAUGGCUAAGGAACAGGGCCUGUGUCCCAAGAAGAUCCUCGGGAGCACCAGCUAUAAAGCCUGUAUCCCAGGAAGCUUCCGCCGCUUGAUCCAGAGUCUCAGCUUCAUGACUCGGAAACGUUACCGUCAGAUGGUACGCCGAGCCCUGCACAGAGUGGCGUCCUGCCAGGCGGAUGUGCACUUCAUCAUGCUGAAAUACCUCAUGGACCUGGAGAGGCUGAAACCCACCCGGGCUUCGGAGACCUUCGAGGGCCAGGCGCCGGGGGCCGCUGCCGGCCAGGACCCCAACUGUCUCAUCCAUGUGGCUGGAGACAGCGGCAUCUCCUGGACCCCGGGGGGCAGUGAGGUGCUGCUCCCACAGCCUUUCUGCGAUUUCCCCGAAAUUGUUGACAUCAGCAUUAAGCAGGCCUGCAGGGAAGGUCACCUCAGUGAGAACCGACUGGUUACUGUGACCAAGACCGACAACAGGAUCCUGGUGGGUACCACGGCGGGCACCACAGCGGGCAGAGCUCCCCACUGCCUGAACUACGGGGCACAAGUGGCUGCCCGUAAAGUAUUCCUGGAAUUGCUACCUACCCUAGGGCCCCAUGGGAACUAG